UAAAGUAUGCUCGAGUUUGUAUGUGUGAAUUUAAAUAUACAGUAUAAGAAAUAAGUAUAUAGAGGUGUAAAUAUAUAAAUGCAAUGGAUAGAAAAUAGAUCAGCCUUUGGCCAGAUUGAAACCAAUUUCUACCAUCAGUCUGGCCAAGUUCUUUAUGUUGGCCCUUUGUGCUCUUCUGUCUACAAGGGAACCCAGGAGAAACUGCAGCCUCUGCCAGCCAUCCUCCAGGCCAUCCAAGAGGGAACCCCUGUGCCCGUCUCCGUUCUUCCUGGGCCCCACAUGGAGGAAAGAGACGCUGAGAAACAGAAGCUGGGGUUUGUGCCCCCCCGGGAUCUGGCCAAGUAUAGUCCUCUGAUCAAGAGCCAGUCCAUGACCAGCAUCCAAAAGAACAGAGGCAAGGAAGACGCCCUGACUCCUUUACAUCCAACGAAAUCCAGGAGCAAAGUGCAGCGUACUCAGAGCGUCCCAACCCAGAGUAAGGCAUCUCGACGUCUCCGCAAGCAGAGAAGCAUCGGGCGAGUGGAUGACUGUCAGGACAGCAAUCCUCAGCCUUACGACUCCUCUCUAUGCAAUGCUGGCAGCCACACAGCAUCUCAGGGAUGCUCAAAGCUCCACCUGUCUGUAUCGCUGCCCCAGAAACCAGCGGUCCCUUGGUUACGACAUUCAGAGGAUGCGUCAGCAAUAAAAAACUGUCUCUACCCCAUGCAGCCCCUGGAACAGUAUGCAAGACAGAUGGAAGUGCUGCAAAUGAAGCUGAGUUCGGCUACAGACAAGCAGAAGCUGCUGGAGGAGCAGGUGAAGUCCCUGUCUGUCCAGAAUCAAGCACUGCUGCAGGAGCAGGCCAGAUUUCAAGAACGCGGAGAGAUUCUUGGCAAGAGGCUGGAGGAGACGGAACUUUGCCUGGUUCAGCUCAGCGGCAGGGUGUCCUGCAUAGAGGCCGGUUGGAAGAAGGACCAUGAAAAGCUGCAAGUGAGUGAGGAGAAGGCCAAGGAACUGGAUCUGCAGCUCUCCAGAAUGGAAAGGGACCACGAUCAGCGUUUCCAUGCUGCUAGCCAGAUGUUGGGGUGUCGAGAUAACCAACCACAUUACAGCAACAACUCUCAGGGCUUGUGUGGAUAAUAAGACUGAGAAUGGGAAAGCCAUGUUUUCUACACAGCUCAUGUAUGGAAUCCAGAGAAGUCAAGAGGAUGGAAGAAGUGUCUUCCACUAACAAGGACAGCAUCAUGUUAAGAGUUCUCAACAGUAUUCAGCCAUUGCUUCGUCUUCUGAUAUCCCCCUUCCUGAAAGUUUAUUCACACACAUUCCGGCUUAAAGAGACCCCAUUUACCAUUUCCUGGGUACAUAUCCUCACUACGGAGCUGCCUUGGCUUGAAAAUGUUUUCCCUGAGAAAAUGGGAGAAGAUCUCAGUUCCAGAUCAUUCCCAACUAUGGGCAAAGAAUCUCCAGAGCUUGGAAAUACGUCGCUCUUCCAGUUGGCUGAAUGACUCCAUAGCGGUUGGUUCUAUGGCUGCCAGAAAGGCCAGAGACGCAUUCAUUGUGCACUUCUUGCCUGUGCUUGUGGCUUGGUCAGGGA